AUGGAGAUGGGCCAAUUGGUGAAGUUGAUAGAGGGAAGAACAUUUGGGAAAGAAUUUUUGGUGUUUAAUUGUAUGGUUGGUCUUCCACAUAUGGGAAGGACAAGAAAACCAAAUCAAGUUACCGACUUUCUAAAAGUAGCAAAACUUGUUUUAGAAGAAAACGAAGGGAUUAUAACCUUUGGAGAUGGUGAGGAAGGUGAAAGAACCGGGAACUUUUUUUAUUUUCCUUUGUUUUCCGACAACAAGUUGGCACAUUACAAAGCGUUAUAUGAAUCAAUAGAAAGCGGUUUUCCUGAUUAUCUCAAUGAAGCAAGAAUAGCUAUAGAGACCCCUUUUCUUGAACCUUUUGUAUCAUCAAAAUCUUGGUUUCAAAAGUGGAAAGAGCAAAGGGAAGACACUGGUUUCCAAGAGGUUCUCAAGUUAAUAAGAGUAAGGAUGAGUAAAGAAAACUGGAAUGAAGCAAGGGAAUUGGUAAAGGAAGGGGAGAGUCCAUAUGGAAUCAGGAUUGAAGAAGAGAAUGGAAAUGUAAUGGUAUUGGAAUGGAGAGGAAUUCCACUUGUGAAAGUUUCUGCUUGGGUGUAUACAAAUUAA